AUGGAGACUAAAAUCAAUACUGUUAUAAAGUUUUGGGAGAAGGCACCAGUUACACCGUACAUUCUGAUGAUCGUCUACAAGCUUGGUUCAUACUGCCUGAGAAAAGGUAGCCCUGGAAAUGGAUGCACUUAUAGAAAAAUUGUUUCAACUCAAAGAAAAGGAGAGUUAAAGAAUCUUAGGAACGUUGUUGCUGAGGCAAAGGCCAAAGAUGUUAAGGUAGUCCCUGCUGUAGUCAAGCGUAUGUUAGAUAGGAACAUGUUUCUUUUUGGGUUUGUGGAUGUGAAUGAAAGCUCUGCUGCGGAGAGAUUAGAUGAACUGUCAGAAGUACAAAAUGCAAGUAUCCAAAUAGCAUGCAAAAAGUUAUUUGCAAAUAGCCGGAUCGAGCAUUUCACCCACAUGGAUAUGGGAUUGGAGCUUGAGGUGGAUUUGCUCAAGCAAAAGUCAGCAGAUUAUGCAAGGGCGAAAGAUCUUGCUAUUAAAGAGGCUAGUGACAUUGUGGAUGUAGAAAGUAUAAAGCACAUAGCAGAAAACCAGACAUUGAUAGGAGACGUGGUCGGGAAGACUGCUGAUGACUGGAAAGCUCAGAAGGAAUUAUUUUAUCAAAAAACAGGCAUUCUUCAUCAGCCUGUGAAAGACUCAGUUGAUGUUGUUGGAGAAGAGCAUGAUAAGUCCCAACAAGAAGGGGCAGAAGAGCAUGAUAAGUCCCAACAAGAAGUGGCUGAAGAGCAGGAUGACAAUGAAGACUUCAGUAAGGAACUUGAAGAAGUAUUAUUGUCUGCACAGAACGAAUCUGACUUCGAAGAAUAGGGACUCCUUUUUAGGCCACAAGACCAUCAGUGGAAUUAUUAAACUGUCAAGAUUAACUGAAAAAAGGGUAGGCCAAAAACUCCAUCAAA